GUUGUGUGUGCGGUCGUACGUGUGUGUGACUGUGCGUCCAUGACUGAUUGAGUGUGCACCUCUGUGUACUACCAGUACACUGGUUAGCCGUACUAGUGUACUGUAAACUUCAGUGGUUGCAGACACACCUGGCGGAGAUAUGCACUCUACUGAGCAGAAAACAACAAACCAGCAACAAUUCAAAGCCUUAGCCCGCAUGGUGGUUGAGCCGCGAUCACACACAUGGAAUCAGAAAUCUAUACAGGGUUAUCUCCAGUGGGACCUGAAACAAUCAGUUCGAAGGAGCAUCAACUACAGAAACAGCUGGUUGACUAUCCUGCAGCCCGGUGACUACUACAUCUACUCCAGGGUGACCUUUUUGAAGGGCGACAUUGAGCAACCGCUGGUCAGCAGGGUGAUGCUGAGGAAGAACGAGACAGUAGAGGACACGGUUGUGAUGCAGGCCUACUGCAAUCUGCACAGCAUCAGCAGGUCGGCAUCGAUCCCUCGCCUGUGCACGGCCACGCAGGGAGAGGUGAUCCCACUGGAGACAGGAAACCAGCUCAGUGUCUGGGUGCUAGACCUCUCCCUGGUGAACUACGAGGAAGCAGCCACAGCCUUUGGGUUGUACAAACUGUGA